GCGCCGCGGCCGCUGCUCUUGGGCCGCUGCGGCCGUUUCGCGCCGUUUCUUUCUCGUCGAUCCGCCGCGGAUUCGGAAACACGUCGUUGGGAAGAAGUUUCGCCGGGAUAGACACCGAUUUCGGGACGAGAAAGGGUCUUUUCGCUCGGGUGGAUUCGAACGACGGAAGUCCACGUACGCGCCGCCAUUUCUGAAUCGGAUCGCCGGUUCCGCAGGAGGCGCGGAACGGUCCAGAACUAUUGCGACAGCCGCGACAGGCCAGAAUACUCUAGAAGCGUCUGGAAAGUAAAGGGGAAAAGUGCGCGUUCAUUCGCCGCAAUUUUGCGGAGUGACUCACGUUUUCUAGAUCUAUCUAUGCGCGCAUGCGGACGCCACAUUUACCUAACUUUCGCGUCGAAGUGGCGAUAAUUCGAGAACAAUUACCACGUUGCUUUGCCUGUGAUUAUAGAUUUACAUUCAAAUGUAAUUAGGCACGAAAGAUUAAUUGCUUUCGUCUAACUUUCAUCUUUGGAGAAAUUAAAUAUCAUGAUCUCGGUUAUGAUAUGAAGAACAUUUCAUUCUGACAACACUAAUUGCUAUAAGUAAAACGUAAUGCCAUCUUCGACGCGGAUAUCGCAGAUUUGAACGCGACGACACUGGUGCACACGUGGUCGCGCGAAUUCUCACGGCAACGAGUCAUGACCGUGGCCAUAACUUUCUCGGACCUGACGAACGAGUACAAAGAGUACCGGAAGAAUGUCAUGCGGCCGUUGUUUGUCGUUCUUCUCGACACCGCGGAAACCAUGAACGAGUUCUCCGAGACCACGAGGAGCAUUAAACCCAUCUCCUUCCCCAUUUGGCUCGUCGUGUUUCUUCAGCGUCCUGGGAAUCCCCUCGAGCAGUAUUGCGGAUACCCUACUUAUAACGUAUUCAACGUGGACUUCAACACCCAGAUGCUGGUUCUGUGCUAUGCCCGUCCGAUUCUAGUCGAAUGGUACGCCAUUCGCGACAAUCGCACCAGAACAUUUGACCUGGCCUCGUGGUCCCCCGAGAGAGGUCUGCUUUUGAAGACGCGAAGAACCUUCUACGCCAGGAGGAGCAACAUGUUCGGCGAUGUUGUGCGCGUCACGUCCGUGAACGACUCGCCGCUGAUCUCGCUGAAGAACGGUACGAUCAGCGGGUUUUUCGGUCUGCUGCUGAUGGAGCUCAGCAAAGUGAUGAACUUUACUGUGAAGAUUUUGGACCCGGUGGAGGGAUUCGGCUGCUGGAGUCGGGAGAAAAAGGUGUGGACAGAUGCGAUCGGCCAGUUGGUGGCCAACGAAGCCGAUGUCGGUGUCUCCGCGUUCACGAUAACCACUCGCAGACAAGAAGUCAUCGACUUUACGGUGCCACUGAUACGCUCGCGAUACCGCCUUUAUUUUAAAGAGCCCAACAACCCCGACGUGGAAUGGUCCUUGUAUUUAAGGGCAUUCAGCCCCGGAAUUUGGAUAACAUUAGCAGUGAUAAUAAUAAUCGCUUCCAUUCUGUUGACUAUUAUGAAGACGAAAGGCUACUUCUCGAUGAGCUCAAUGUCCGAAAACUACAUUAAUGUUUGGGGCAUUUAUUGCCAGCAGGGUUUGUCAGAAUUUCCUAGGGAGUCACCGAUGAGGCUGGCUUUUCUCUCGAUUUACACAUCGUCGAUAAUAAUUCUGGCCGUCUAUUCCGCCUCGUUGAUCAGCUUCCUGGCGCUCGGUACGCCAAAACUGCCCUUUUCCACUCUGGAGGGUUAUGUUAAGGAUGGCUCUUACAAAUUAAUCGUUAUGAAAAACAGCGCCGAGUACGACAUUCCUUCUCGUGUCAAGGACCCCGUGUUUCUGAAAAUGUACGAAUUGCUGGAAGAAAAGACGCAUUUACCGAUAUCAUUGUCAGAAGGAUUCAAGCAAAUCUGCGAGAGAAACAAGUUGGCAUUUUAUACGACGGAGGUGUUCAAAGGGGCUAUAAACACUUAUAUACAAUGUAGGGUCGUGUAUAUCGAUACUGGAAGAAUCGACAACAUGGCGAUGGCUCUAUCAAAAGGAAGUCCUUACACCAGCUUCAUGAAUUAUCACUUGCGGCAAUUUCAGCUGAACGGCAUUAUGAGCAAGUUGAAGAACAAAUAUUUGAUAAGAACUAAUUCUCCGAGCAGUAUUAUUUACGGUCUGGUCGAUUUAAGCGAUGUAGCACCAACUCUAACGAUGGUGGCAGGCAGUAUGAUUCUGGCACUACUUAUUUUAAUAAUUGAGAAAGUACAUUAUUCAUUUAAAACUCGAUCUGAGAAUAAUAGAUUAUCCGUUAGAAAAUUGAGUCCUAAUCUUGGUGUAAGGAAUAAACGAAAAGGGGCCAACGAGAAAGAUUUAAAAUUGCAAGGAUUUUAUAACACGAGACCGAUCGGAUAUUGGCCUUAAAAAAAGUCUAAAUACUAGGUAUAAGAGUACUAGCUGUUCAAAGAACUGUUGGUAAAAUAAUAUUUGUAAUAUUAUAUAAUCUGUGUUUAUCAAUUUAUUUAACAAGUUCAAUAUUAAAUAUUACAUAAAUAAGUACAAUUAACACACGUAUAAUGAUUAAAUUAAUAGAAUAUUAAAAAAGUAAAUUAUAAUUGAACAAAAGCGAUUAGAAUUGUAAAGCGAUAAUUAAUAAUAAUAUUAACAUUAUAUUAUACAAUCCUUA